AUGAAUGCUGGUAUUCUUGCGCGGACAACUGCCUCUACCAACAUGAACGCCACAAGCUCGAGAGCACAUACGAUUUUUCAAAUAAUUGUUACGCAGUCCGAGCUGAAUCCAUCCACGGGCAAAGUUAUGGACAAAGUGAGUCGGAUCAAUCUCAUCGAUCUGGCAGGAAGCGAACGAGCUGCUAGCACGGGGGCGACAGGGUCUCGAUUAAAAGAAGGCGCUGCUAUUAACCAGUCGUUAUCAGCGUUAGGAAAUUGCAUUUCCGCUUUAGCAGACUUGGCAAAUGGCAAGAAAGGGCUGGUCCCGUACCGAAAUUCAAAGCUCACUCAUUUACUGAAGGAUUCGCUUGGUGGCAACUCGAAAACGAUCAUGAUCGCUGCGUUAAGUCCGGCUAGUGUUAAUUAUUCGGAAACGCUGGGUACUCUGCGUUAUGCGGAUCGAGCGAAGCAGAUCAAGAACAAAGCCAUCGUAAACGAAGAUCCCAACCAGAUUCUCAUCCGACAGCUGAAGGAAGAGCUCGAAAUGCUUCGGAAAUCUAUGAUGGAAAACAUGGACGCUCGGCCACCAUCAAGAGGUGUGGGUGGUGAAGCUCGUGAGCACGAGUUGGCUGCGAUUCGAGAACAACUUGAAGAGAACCAGCGCUUACUCCAAGAAAGCGAGAAAUCGUGGAAUGAGCGACUUAAAGAGACUGAAGAACUGGCUAGAAAACGCGAAGAGCAGCUCAAGGUCCUUGGACUUGUCAGUAAUGCGAACGAGCUGAAGGAAAAGACCGUGACGAAUCCUCACUUGCUCAACCUGAAUGAAGACCAGCAAAUGUCUGAAAAGCUCGUGUACUUUAUCAACCUUGGUGUCAAUAGAAUUGGUCGUAUCGAUGCCGAUGAAGAACAAAAUAUCGUCGUUGGUGGACUAGGUAUCCUAAAAGAACAUUGCUUUAUCAUCCGACGGGAGCAAUCACAGACAAUUGACGAAGACCUUGAAGAGGAAAAGAGAGAACUGUCCGCUCUGUUCAUCACCGCCUGUCAUGGAGCGAAGGUGUUUGUGAAUGCAGAGCCACUUGAAGAAAACGAGGAACGAGAGUUGCAUCACUGUGAUCGCUUGGUAUUGGGCAACUCGAAUGUCUUUCGGGUUGUGAUACCCUCUGCACGGUCUGAACACCCGACUACGGAUGAGCUAGCGCACGAGUCAAGAUUUGAUUGGCAAUGCGCGAUGAAAGAACUUAACAGCAAGCAGCUCAAAGCAGCGAUCGAAGCUGAAGUGAUCGCUGAAAAGGAGAAGCAAGAAAUGGACGUUCGAAUGAAAAAAAUGAAGGAAAUGAUGCAAGUAGAGCAGAAACGCGCCGAAGAAAAGCUUGGAAAGCAGCGAGACGAAUGGGAGCAACACGUUCGAGCACUGAACGAACAGAUGAAAGUGAAGGAGCUGGAAAUCAAGACGCAGAUGCAAACUGAAGGCGACAACGACAAGAAAAAACUCGCGGAGAAACUAGCGCAGCAAGAGUCGAAACUGGCCGAAGAGCUGGUCAAAGCUGAGAUUCUAUUCGAGAAAAAGCAGCAAGAACUGGUCGAACGACAAAAAGAACUCGAAAUGUCACUACAAAAGCAGAUGCGAGAAGCCAAAGUGCUGGGGUCCCAGAAAGAGAGGGAACGAGUGGAGAGAUUGAAGUUCGAUGAUCAGUUACUGCAGUCUAUUCCAUUGGUGAAUGAAGCCAACUCCAUAGCCGAUGAGCUUCGAAAGCAGACGCUGUUCACCCUACGUCUCAUCACUUGUGGUCCCACACUGACCGCUCUCUCAAGAACUUCUGAGAUCCUCGAAGACGAAGAACUGACCAUCAGUAACGGGAUCGGAGCCGAGUUGAAAGUGGAGGUGAAUUUCCAGGAAUCUGGCACAUUUCGAAGCGUCAUGUGGGACAUUGAACAAUUCCAUGCCAAUGUUUACGUGAUGCGUGAAAUGUACCAGACUUUCAUUGAGCACAACCGAUUGCCAGCGUAUGUGGAUACAUGGAAGUGUACGUAUGGCGACGAUUGCGAUCCCUUUUACGACCCCCCAAAGCCUCAAUUGAUUGGCAAAAGCUUUGUAUUUCUCAGGAAUCUUAAUUUUGGCUGCAAGAUCAACGAGACAACUUCGAUUUUCAAUCAUACGGGUGGGACGAAUGGUAGUCUGAAGUGCGAGAUCACUCCAACUAUUCUCUCGCAUGAGUGGCAGGCUUGUCAGCACCGACUAGUGGAGACGUGUCCGGAGGAUAUAGAGGCACUUGUUCUCCCCACGCUUACGAACUUCAUUGGAUCAAACAUGCGGAUCAAUAUUUUUGUCGAAUCACUUCGAGGAAUUCCUGGUAAAUUAUGUAAAAACGCAUACGUAAGUUUCAAAUGGAGUGGGAAUACUCAGGAGCACGAAGAUGCAGCGGAACACAAGUCGGAGCCAAUAUCUUCGCCGUCUGUGAAUCCUAAACUCGAUUUUAACGUCGUGAUCGAGCAAAUUGUUACGCCCGAGUUGGUAGAAUUUCUCCAAAACUCACCUCUGGAAUUUUAUAUCUUUGGGAUUGUACCAAGCAGUAACCUAAACAAAGUGGCGUCUCAUGCUGUUGACCUUAAAACUACGACGUCGUCCGCUGAUCUGUCCUACGGUGAUGGCUCGAUUCAGUUCUACAAUGCUGAUGCAAAUGGCCGUAAUACGCUACUGAACAAGAAGAAGUCAAUGCGUCGUCGAAAGGGACAAAUGAUGGAGGACGAAAACUCAGACACUACUUUGCAACAGUAUCGAGAGCAACUAGCUGUCCAAGAGAAAACUCUGGCCGAAAACACUCUCGAACUCGAGAAUAAAACACAAGAAGUCAUCACAUUGCAGCAAUAUCUCGAGUUUGAGAGAACGCAAAACACAGAUCUGCGUUGUGCUCUGGAAAGUCUCGAACGGAUGAAUAAACUUAGGGAACGCCCAAGAACAACAAACAAAAGAAGGUCUCGAGCGGAAGUGGAAAAGGAUACUUAUCGAGCUCAAGCUCUCAACCUGGACAUUAGUCCGCGCAGUGUACGUGCUGAUGGCUCUUUAGCGACUGCCACAAUGAGUAGAUUAACGACGUAUCCAGCCAUGAAGCCACGAAAAAGUGAGUGUAUUGUCAUGUAA